ACAAUCCAAAUUGUUGAGUCAUACUGCUGUCAUUGGAAUACAAAGAUAUAUUCUUAAAUUUAAGUUGUUCCAUGUAAGAUAUAGGAGAAAAGGGGAAUUUCUAUCCACCUCCACAGACACGCAUGCGUCCACAGAGGGAAGCUAAGCAUCUAAUACCAUAUAAAUAUGAACAUCUGACAUAUCAGAUCCAUACUUCAAAGACAAGCAACUUUGAUUUACAUUCAACAUGACUAUAAUUCAGCUCACUUCUAUAGCCAUACUGCUGGUUGCAUUCUAUUCUCAAACUCUGUCUGCGCCUGCUGCUAUAAAUUCUAACCCAGCAUCUCACUGCUGCUUCACGUAUGAUAAGAAACAAAUUCCAAGGAACCUCGUAAUUGAUUAUUUUCAAACAAGCAGAAGAUGUACCCUGAAGGCAGUUAUACUUGUUACAAAGAAGGGUGCAAAGAUUUGUGUUGAUCCACAGAAAACAUGGGUACAGACUUAUAUGAAAGUCCUGACUCAAAUUAAAGCUCAAGGACAGAAAAGCAGAAACAUAUUUUAAAAAACAUCCUAUGAAAGAGAGUCUCAUAUUGUGUGGCUUCAUGUAAUGUUAUUGUAAUUAAAUAUUAAUGUCAUUAUACUUAUUUAUUUUUGUACAAUGUCUAGAUUUAAGCACCAUAAUCAAAACUGACUGAUUGUUAAAAUGUAUUAUAGUAAGUUUGUAUGAAAUAUGUACAGCCCUACUCUGUUUCCAUUUAUAUCCAAAUGGGUAUUGCAGUGUUUUUAUCCAGUUAUAUUUAAAUGUGUUGUUUGUCCAAAGACAAUUUCUCAGUGUUUGUACUCUAAAAGUGAACAAAAUGUAAAAAAAAAAAAAAAAAUCCACGUAAACUAUUCUGAUAGGCAUCUAGAGUGAGUGUAGCAUCUAAGGAUUCAAUGUAGAUAGUGUGUGUGUGUGUGUGUGUGUGUGUGUGUGUGUGUGUGUGUGUGUGUGUG